AUGGACUCCUGUUACGGAACUGGAGCCUUUCCUCAGUCGAUCAAUCUUGCCGGAGCUUGGUAUGGUAAUCAGUUCUCCGAUGAAUCCGAGUACGUAUACCAUCUCACCUCCCAGGAAGUCGAAGAAAUCGAAAGCGCUUUUUUGCACUUCAAAGCCCUCGGCCUAAAUGGGGACUUGAUCUGCCGACAGAACUUUCCACUUCCGACAGUCGGGGAAAACCUGGAUCGCAUAAGGCUUGAUGUCCACGAAGGAAAGGGCUUUGGUCUGGUUCGAGGCUUAAAUCCAUUGGACUACUCCACUGAGGACUUCACGAUGAUGUAUCUCGGCAUUCAAUCGUACAUCGCCAAUCAUCGAGGUCAACAGGAUGAGAAGGGAAAUAUGCUGGUUCAUAUCGUGGCCGACAAGUCUUCCAAACUUUCUAGUCAGCAUCAUCGGCAUUCGCCAUCGGAAAUCAUGUUUCACAACGAGGAGUCCGGAGACAUUGUAAGCUGGCUGACAAGAAGUUCCGCUGCCUCAGGCGGAGGAUGCAUCAUUGCUUCAGGAUAUGCGGUAUACAAUAUCCUGAAUCAACAUCACCCUGCAUCUAUCCGCCAGCUUUCUCAGCCUAAAUGGGUAUUUGCAAAGCCGAUAUUCUUCUAUCACAGCAACAGGAUCAUGCUCAACUUCGGCCGAGUCCCACUAAUCGGCAAUGCGGUUCAUCCGCGCCCGCUUCAUCUACCGCGAAUUUCCAUAAAACAGUUCAAAGCGUUGGAAGAUAUUGAACGCGUAGCUCGAAAGUUCCGGUUGGAGAUUAAGACGAAACCAGGCGAUAUUCACUUCAUCAAUAACCUAUUCAUCCUCCACAAACAUGAUAGCUUCAAGGAUGGUGAUGGGGUUGGUGAGAAGAGGCAUUUGGUUCGGAUGAGGCUUCGAGAUGAUGAGCUGGGCUGGGACUUGCCGGAGAGUUUGAGAAAGGAGUGGUCAGAGGCGUUUGAUGCAGAUUCUGAUAAGCUUUGGCAUAUUGAUCCUAUGCCGGAAGGCUUCUUUCUAUUGAGAUCAUAUCCGAAUUAGAUGGUUAG